UGACAUCCAAACCAGGAUCAUCCACGGUACCCAACACCACCCAAGCAUCGUCCCCGGCGCAGACGCCGGCGCCGCAACAAACCCUCCAGUCUGCGCAGACGACUCAUUCCUUUCCUUCCGUCACCCCCGACCUUAUCGUCCAGACCCCGGUCAUGACGAUGGUGCCUCCUCAACCUCCUGCGCCGCCUCCACCUGCUCCUCAGGCCCCCACGCCGCCGACCCCGGCUCCUCAACCCAUCCAACCUCACCCUCCCGUUAUCCCAACGCCCGCCCAGCCCGUGAAGACAAAAAAAGGGGUGAAGAGGAAAGCGGACACCACGACACCGACAACCAUCGACCCGAUUCAUGAAUCGUCAUCGUUACCCACCGAACCCAAGUCUACCAAGUUGGGGCCGCGGCGGGAAAGCAGCCGCCCGGUGAAACCCCCAAAGAAGGACGUUCCAGAUUCUCAACAACACGUGGUAGAAAAAAGUAGCAAAAUAUCGGAGCAGUUAAAAUACUGCAGCGGGAUCAUCAAAGAGAUGUUCGCCAAGAAACACGCUGCCUACGCCUGGCCCUUCUACAAACCUGUGGAUGUGGAAGCUCUGGGACUGCACGAUUAUUGCGAUAUCAUUAAACAUCCCAUGGAUCUGAGCACAAUCAAAUCUAAACUGGAGAACCGGGAAUACCGAGAUGCUCAGGAAUUUGCGGCGGAUGUACGAUUGAUGUUCUCCAACUGCUACAAGUACAACCCCGCUGACCACGAGGUGGUGGCCAUGGCACGGAAACUGCAGGUAAGGACACGCGUUGUCGUGACCUCCUUCGCUUUUCAACAUCUCUCUUGGCUUAUUUUGAACGCUGGCCUCUCUCUUGAUUUAUUUUUCCAGCCUAAGGGCUACACAGUCAUGAAAUAA